AUGAGCCAGUACGAUGACACUACUGAUCUAGAGGAGCAUGUGGACGUAUUCACCACCCAAGCAGGAUUAUAUACCUCAAACGACGCAAUUCUUUGUCGUGUGUUUCCAACGUCGUUGAAGGGUCCUGCACUCAACUGGUUCACACGAUUACCACCUAACUCUAUUGAUUGUUUUGAUACGUUGGUCACCCGUUUCGACAUUCAGUUCUACACCAGUAAGCCACACCAUCUCACUUCUCUAGCGUUAGUAAAUAUACAACAGGAGAAGGGAGAAUCUCUGCGGGAGUUUAUGGAGCGCUUCGGGAAGAUAUCGUUGAAUAUCUCUAAUCUAAAUCCUGAGGUCGCCAUGCACCACCUUGUAACAGUGUUGGAGCCUGACCCGUUUGUUGACAGUCUGUGCAAGAAGCCCAUGAGCAAUCUGGACGAGCUUCGAACCAGGGCAACCAAAUUCAUGCAGAUGAAAGAAUUAAAGGAGUUUCGCAGUAUGACUCGAUCAGACACUCGGGAUAAGAAAUACAUUGACAGAGAAAGGGUGCUAGUGCCGCGACCUGACAGUAGGUUCAAGGACUCUAGACAACCAAAGUACAACAAGUACACACCCUUCGUGUCUAACAGAGCGAGAAUUUUGGAGGAGGCCUUGAAUGCCGACCUAAUAGCAACCCCUCAAAGGGUCUCGACUCCCCCAAACGUGGAUACCACUAAGCAUUGUCGGUAUCAUCGGAAUUAUGAGCACACGACAGAGGAUUGUUUUACCUUGAAAGAUAAAAUCGAAGAGCUUAUACAAGCAGGACACUUGAGAAGAUUUGUCAAACGGGAGGAAGAGGGAUUCUCUUCCAAAGAAGAGAAAGAAGGUAGAUAUGUGGAGCGACCACGAAGAACGUUAGGGUACCAGGAGAGGCGAGAAGAAGGCACCAGAAGGAGGGUUGAGUCCGAGAAAGAUGAUGAGCAGGAUGUGAGGUAG